GUCGCGUGUACAUUUCUUCUUCUCCGCCAAGCAAAUACAAAUUCCCAGCCCGAUAAUGCCACUGAUACCGAAAAAUUACACCUGGCAGCAGCGAAGUUUCCCCAGCACCGGCACAUCCAGCCAAUCAGUAGUGAGCAUUGUUCUGCGCGUGCCAUUUCCGGCGAAUCGAUUUCAGCCGGAUGACAUCUUCACGAUGGAGCAGUUUCUGAAAAUUUCCCACCCACCCCACUACUGGGAAUUGUUUCUGGCCCACCCGAUCGACGCGGACGCGAGCCACUGCAGCAUCCUCGAGAACGAGGUGGUGUUCGAGCUGGUCAAGCAGGACUCGAUCGUGUGCUGGGAUACGGUCGAGCUGGAUGUACCGCGGGCGGAAAGAGCCACGCUCAAGCAGCAGUACGAGGAGCAGCACCGGAAGCGUUUGGAGCAGCAGUCGAAGCAGCGAGCCAUCGAGAAGGACCGCAAGAAAAAGGACGAAAUCCAUCGACAGAUCGAGCGGGAACGAGCCGACCGUUCGGCCAUCGAUAAUCUGUUGGAAGAGUCGAAGCAGCGGGAGCUGAAGCGGAUGGAGCUCGCGAUGGUAAAGCAGUACCGUCCCGAUCCGGCUAAAGCUUCUGCACCGAGCGCGGGCAAAAGUUUGUCCAACAUUCAACCCACUCCACCUAAGGGGGCUGGGGCAACCGGGACACAGCACAGCGACCAGCAGCAGGAACCGCGUCCUUCUUCGCCACCGGCAAUUCGGCGCUCCGGUACGCUCGAGGUAACGUUCAGCGAGCGAACGUUCGUUACGCCGAAGCGCGAAUCGAUGGAGCAGGCGGAACAGGAGUGGACACUCAAGCAGGCCGCCGCCCGCCGUGCGGUAGGCUUCGCCGACGACGAUCUACGCCCGGACGAGCGAAAUCCCGAGUGGCUGAAGCAGCGCGGCGAUACCUUUUUCCAGCAGCGAAACUUUCUGGCCGCCAUCUCGGCGUACAGUGCCGGCAUACGGCUUACGAAGGAUUACUAUGCACUGUUCCUGAACCGGUCCGCUGCACACUUGGCGCUCGAGAACUACCAGCGCUGUGCUGAAGAUUGUUCGACGGCGCUGGAACUUUUGCAACCACCGGUCGAGGCGAACCGGAGGGCCCGGGUAGCGUGUCUGGCACGGCGAGCGGCCGCCCUUGUAAAGCUGGGCUUUCUACAGCAAGGGUACGAUGAGAUGAUGGCCGCAAGCCGGCUCGAUCCAGACGAGGCGAGUCUGCGGCUCGAGGUGGACCGUCUAAGGCGCUGCAUUGAGGAAGAGCGGGAAAAUCGAAGCGAGUCAGAAUCGGACGAAUAAGCAGCUUGCCGGGGAAGCUUACCGUGCGGAAGAUUGUAGCGAAGGUGUGUGUGUAUGAAGAAGGAUGAUGUGUCCUUACACUGUGGUACGGUACAAAAGGCGUAGGCUUGCAAUAAACACGUGGCACGGUAACGCGGUAUUUAAUAUCAAAGAGCCGAAGAGUGGUUGUUGUUGCCGAUGCUGAAACCUA